CUUGAACAUGAUUGUGAUCUGUUGGAAUUGUCCUACAUAUGAUAUCAAGGUCCAACGGUCCAUCUGUUAGUGCCUUAGCCGUUAUUUGCCAGAUUCAGGGACUCAUUCCAGGGCCCAGUUCUAACACGCGGUACCUCCAUCCGUACUCCUCCAAAUUUGCCAAACUUCCAAUCGCACGAGACAAACCGCGAGAAUCAACAUUCCGCCUCCCAACCUCACCAAUCUCAAUCUACCGUAAACCACCACCCGCAAUGCGAUCGCGGGCACUCCAGGCCCUGGGCCCACUGCGCCCCUCGUCCCCGAGCCUGCGCCACCUCCGACACAUCCACCGGCCAGCCUCCCGCGCCCCGACGACGCCGACACCGCGGCCCGCCAUCCGGCAAGCAGCACCCAUCACCUCGACCACCCGGGCCCGAGCCGCGAAGCCGUCUCCACCGCCGCCUUCGCAGCAGUUCGUCGACCCCGAGGCCUCCACGCCGGAGGGCGUGCCAGCAGCAGACAUCGACGUCGCGCUAUCAUCGGGCUCCUCUCUCGCGGGCGAGAACCCCCCCCCCGCAUCCUCGGCCUUCGGCGAGACCAUCUCCGCCUCCUCCUCCGCCAUUCCACCAGGCCCCGACGCCUCCGGCGGCCCCGCGAUCGACUGGUCGUCGUCGUUCCACGGGCUCUCGACGGCGCCGUUCGAGGCGCGGGUGGCCGAGACGCUGAUGCGCUCCCUCGACCCCGAGGACGUCGAGGUCAAGCCCGACGGCAUCAUCUACCUGCCCGAGAUCAAGUACCGGCGCAUCCUCAACGCCGCGUUCGGCCCCGGCGGCUGGGGGCUCGCACCCAGGGGGGAGCUGGCCGUCGGGGACAAGGUCGUCACGAGGGAGUAUGCGCUUAUUGUGCAUGGGCGAUUCGUCGCCCAGGCCCGUGGCGAGUGCCAAUAUUUCAGCGAGGAGACGAUCCCGACCGCCGGCGAGGGGUGCAAGUCCAACGCGCUGAUGCGCUGCUGCAAGGACCUCGGCAUUGCCUCGGAGCUGUGGGACCCGCGGUUCAUCCGCCGCUUCAAGAAGGAGUUCUGCCAGGAGAUAUGGGUCGAGCACGUCGCCACCAAGAAGAGGAGGCAGAUAUGGAUCAGGAAGGACAGCGACCCGGCGUAUCCGUACACUCUGGUGAGGAAGGUGAAAAUCUGAGGUUCCUGAGGGGAGGUGGAGGUGGAGGUCAUACGGGGGUUGAGAGGACCGCUCCGGUUUGUGAAAAGCCCCUGGUGUACGAUACGUGGGAUGGACUGAUUAGAGCGAGCGUGGUAUAGAUGUCGACAACAGUUAUCGUGUAUAUCUGUUUGCCAUGGGAGGGAAUACAUAGACAUACUCUGUUAGCAGACUAUGUGCCAUUGUAUUGUAUCAACACAUAGCAACUUAAAUCAUAUUCAACUCUCUCACAGCAGCUUCUCAAGAGAACAGACAGGUCGCUGAAGGGCAGUCAAGCCAUUAUAGCUAGCAGUUAAACGAGG